CCUUUUUGUGCCCACAGUACCACCACGACGAAGUGGGCGCACUGAUUCCACUUGCACAUUUGCUAGGACGAGAGCAAUGAAGCUGCCUCUUCCACCCAAUUUCUUCAAGUGUCCGCCGCUCUCGAUUGACGAAGAGGAGCGGCUCAAGGCCCAAGCGUAUGGCACCGCGAUGGAGGUGGUGCAGAAGUCGUUGGUGCAGUCGUCCAACUCAGCUGGUGUGUCGUGGACGCUAGCAUCGGACGAUGAAGGGCUCAAAAUUUUCCGCGCGACCGUCGACGCCCACGGCGUCCACGACCGCCUCAAGUUGGCGGUGGGUGUGACCGAGACUGCAGGCACACUGGACGAAGUCGUCGCGCUGUUCCGGAACGACACGACCGAACACGCCAAGGAGUACGUUCGCCGCUUCGGCAGGGGCCUGAUCGAUUCGGCAAACUUGUACACGCUCGUCGAACCGACGUCAGCCCACCCGAACGAGAGUGUCACAAUCAACUGGAUGGCGUUGAAGAGCCCGCUGAAAAAGGUGAUCCUUGAGCGCGACUGCUGCUACUUGGAAGGCCACUACGGAUUCGUUGUCAAUGGGAAGCGGGGGUGGGUGCGCAGUCUCAAGUCGCUCAACUUGAUGUGUUGCCCCGACAUGCAGCAUGCCCUCGGCCUCGUGCGCAUGGUGCAAUGGGGUAGUGGCCAUGUCUUCCUCGAGUCCGACCGGCCAGGCUACAUGCGGAUUGCAUAUGUUGUUCACGCCGACUUUGCCGGGUCGGCGCCAGACUGGGCCAUCGACGUCGCCAUCAAGCGCCGGUGCAAGAGCUUGCUCGACAUUGACACGUUCCUGCGAGAAAACCGUCUUGCGCAAGGCCACUUUCUCACACCGCCUCAUGUCGUCCCCAAGGACCAACGGCGACAGUGCUUUUUGUGCCGAAAGAAAUUUGGUGUGUUUGGCAGCUCCAAAUCCAACUGCUGCAAAUGCGGCGAAGUGUUCUGCACAACGUGCUGCCAUCCGUGGACCGUCCGUGUGUGCGGCAUCCCUACGCGCAUCGAAGCGUGCGCCAAGUGUGCGCUCAUCGCGCCGACCCCGACCAGAGCGCUUCUGCCCGACCAAUUUGCCGGGUCCGACCAUUACUCGUCGUCGUACCAAGACUCAAGCAGCCGCGGCGUGUACUCGGACAGUCCGAUCGCCUCGGCUGGACCGAAGUAUUCCCCAGGCAGCAGCACCGUCAGCAGCUCCUUCAGCGCCCGCAACCCCGACGGAAGGCUCCCAUUUCCCCGGUUUGAAGCACUUGCCACACAAAUUCAACAUGGCGACGCGGGCUAUCCUCCUUCUCAAUACACAUACCUCUACGGUCACGCGGGCGAGGCUGCAUCAACGUCGACGCGGACGUCUGGCACCAACGAUUAUCCCUAAUGUUCACGAUUUUUUGCAUCCAUUCAAAUUCUACAUAGUCCGGAAUGCCCGCCACUUUUCCCGGCAACGCACGGCACAUUUCAUAUCCGUGCGACGUUCGCCAAAGAGGCGGUCGGUAGUCGCGUGCACCGCCGCGACGU